AUAAACCUUCCAAAGAAAGUUCGGCAGACCAUCAGCAGCAGAAAGAUGACGCAUCGAAUUCAGGAUACAGAUUUAAUUCUGCAGCUAUGAGUGGCCCUCCAGUACAUGCUGGAGCUCGUGUUAGGGUUUCUAAUUCCCUACACGGUAAUUGUAGUCAGCUUCAUCUGCAUCUUGCGGCGGCUCCGACAAACCAAGUUUUCCCGUCGCAUUCGUAGCGAGAAGCUCAUCCUUGCCAUCGUGUUGACAUUCUGCCUCUUUUGGUUGCCUUACCACCUCGUCAAUAUGGUUCAAGUAACAUGGGCGUUGUGUCCAAAGGGUCAAGUGAAAGAGACGCUGAAUUUAAUAUGGCACAAGAGCCGAGCGGUCACCUCUGCCAUCGCCUUCAUCAGCAGCUGUGCCAACCCAGUCCUGUACUUCUUCGCAGGAAAGUCCUACAUCCGACGAGAAGAAUUAUACAGAGCCUUGCUCUGUUUUGAACCAUUUUGUAUGGAAGAACUGUGGAGUUUACUGUACAUUUAUUUUAACAUCAAAAUUAUUUUUUAAUUGUAUCAU